AUGGAUGAGCUUCAGAGAGGCUCUCGUCUUACAGACAAAGUGGCUCAUAUGGGGAUUCGAGGAGCUGUGUGUAUAAAGCCGUGUAUAAACGGCGUCUGCGUCGGUCCUGACAGAUGUUCCUGCACAAAAGGCUACACGGGGGAACAGUGUGAUGAGGACAUAAACGAGUGUGGCCGACCCAGCAGGCCUUGCUCUCACAGCUGUAUGAACACACCGGGCAGUUUUCGUUGUUACUGUGAUCCUGGAUACACGCUGGAUGCUGAUGGCAAAUCCUGCAACCGUGUAGAGAAACCCGAUUGCACUCAACUUCAUUGUCAGUUGGGUUGCCAGAUUGGUAGUAAUGGCACACCGAUCUGCACCUGCCCACCUGGACUCCAACUGGGACUAGAUAAGAGAAGAUGUAAAGAUGUAGAUGAGUGUAAAGGAGCUUUCUCUGUGUGCUCAGAGCAGCAGACCUGUAGGAACACUUUCGGAAGUUACGCAUGCGAAUGCAGGUCCGGAUACAUUUUGGGAAUAUUAUGGAAUUCCAUCACAUGCAGAGAUGAAGAUGAGUGUGUGACAGGUUGCCACCGCUGCAGUCGCCACGCAUGGUGUGUAAACACAUACGGCUCGUACACCUGCCGGUGCGAGACCGGCUACGCUGGAGACGGCUUCAGCUGCUUGAAAAGGAAAAGUGAAAGGUCACGGAACGGCAUGUACUUCCAAUAUAAACUCUCAAAGAGAAGCAGGAAGACAGAUACGGGCUGA